GGCAAAGGUCCAGAGACCCUUUUUGCUGGCUAUAACCUCAAUGACAAUGAAUGGCACACAGUACGUGUGGUUCGGAGAGGGAAAAGCUUAAAGUUAAUGGUGGAUGACCAACAAGCCAUGACAGGUCAAAUGGCUGGGGAUCACACAAGACUGGAAUUCCAUAACAUAGAGACGGGAAUCAUAACCGAGCGGCGUUAUUUGUCUUCCGUCCCUUCCAACUUUAUUGGUCAUCUGCAAAGCCUCACUUUUAAUGGCAUGGCAUACAUUGACUUGUGUAAAAAUGGGGACAUUGAUUACUGCGAGCUCAAUGCCCGGUUUGGCUUCAGGAACAUCAUCGCUGAUCCAGUCACGUUUAAGACGAAAGCCAGCUAUGUUGCCCUGGCGACGCUGCAAGCAUACACCUCUAUGCACCUCUUUUUCCAGUUCAAAACAACAUCGCUGGAUGGGUUAAUACUCUACAACAGCGGGGAUGGGAAUGACUUUAUCGUGGUUGAGUUAGUGAAAGGGUAUUUGCACUAUGUGUUUGAUCUGGGAAAUGGUGCAAAUCUUAUUAAGGGAAGUUCCAACAAACCUCUGAAUGACAACCAGUGGCACAACGUGAUGAUCUCACGGGACACCAACAACCUCCACACAGUGAAGAUAGACACAAAAAUCACAACGCAGAGCACGGCAGGAGCAAGAAAUCUAGACCUCAAAAGUGAUUUGUACAUUGGAGGAGUAGCAAAAGAGACCUACAAAUCCUUGCCCAAGUUGGUCCAUGCGAAAGAAGGGUUUCAAGGCUGCCUCGCCUCUGUGGAUCUCAAUGGGCGCCUCCCAGAUUUGAUCUCAGAUGCUCUGUUUUGCAAUGGACAGAUAGAACGAGGAUGCGAAGGGCCCAGCACAACAUGCCAGGAGGACUCAUGUGUGAACCAAGGAGUUUGCUUGCAGCAAUGGGAUGGAUUCAGUUGCGACUGCAGCAUGACCUCUUUCAGUGGAACGCUGUGCAAUGACC